AUGAGGUUGUGUGUACUGCUCUCCGUUGUGACUCUGACGGCGGCAGCUGUUGUCCCAGACAACAAAAGAAGCGAUACAGAUUUCCUGAACGAAUUUGCACAACAGCUUGCUAUGCUUGGAGAGCAUUUUGCGGAAACAGCAUCUCAUGCAGCCCAAAUCGCUCUGCAAAAUCUAGUUCCAUCAGCGUCCCCAAAGAGAAGUGACAAUGACUUCCUGAAUCAAUUUGCUCAACAACUGGCUCUUCUUGGUGAACACUUUGCUGAGACCGCUUCUCAUGUCGCUGAAUCCGCUCUACACAAUCUAGCACCAUCAACAUCCCCGAAAAGGAGUGACGACACCGAUUUCCUCAAUCAAUUUGCUCAACAGUUGGCUCUGCUUGGUGAACAUUUUGCUGAAACUGCAGCCCAUGUCGCUGAGAUAUCAUUGCAAAACCUAGUUCCGUCUGCAUCCCCAAAGAGGAGUGACGACACCGAUUUUCUGAAUCAAUUUGCUCAACAACUGGCUCUUCUGGGUGAACACUUUGCUGAGACCGCUGCUCAUGUCGCUGAAUCCGCUCUACACAAUCUAGCACCUUCAGCAUCCCCGAAAAGGAGUGAUACCGAUUUUCUGAAUGAGUUUGCGCAACAGUUGGCAUUGCUUGGGGAGCACUUUGCUGAAACUGCGGCUCACGUUGCUGAAACCGCUCUCCAUAACCUGGUCACAUCCCCAGCACCAUAG